CUAUAUAUUCCCUAUCUACGCAAGCUAGCAGCCACCUAUAUCGCAGCUUGCCCUAUGUACAACGUCGCGCGACUAUCAACGCUAAAACCCGCCAGCAGACUACAACCAAUUGACACGCUGUUUAUUCCCUUUUUCACUAUUUCAAUAGACUUUAUCGUUGGACUGCUAGUUACCCCUAAUAGUUUCGAUACUAUUCUCACAAUCACCAACAAAGCUACAAAGGCGGUGAAGUUAAUU